UGAACCCUGGUUCGAUAUCUUCAUGGAUUUUAGGUUAAUAUAUAUGUUUAUAUUAUAUUAAUAUAUAUUGAUGGUAUUAAAAGAGAAAAAUGCAAAAAACAUCAAAUGCGCGUGUUACUUUCAAUACAAAACUGUUGAAAAAAUUAGUUAAACAAGAAAACUCGGGAGUAGAAGUACAUACCACGAUUCAACAUUUAGCUAUAUAUCCACAUCAAUUAAAUAAUUUUACAGAAUCAGUUAAAGGACUCUUGAAUUCUAAAAUAGCUAAAUAUAAUAAGACGUUUAAUGGUAUUCUUUUAGGCUACCAAAAUAUAAAAUUGUUAACAGAUGGAGGAGUUAUACAUGAAGAUUCUUGUUUCAUACACUUCGAUAUUCAAGCCAACUUCUAUAUAUUUAAACCUGAAAUAGGAAAAAUAAUGAAUGGUAUGGUAAAUAGAAAAAGCCGUGAUCAUAUUGGUGUUCUAGUGUAUGAAGCAUUUAACGUUUCCAUACCGAUCAAAAUGGAAGAAGAUGAAGAAAAUACAGAGAAUUCUAUUAAAAUUGGCGACAAUGUAACAUUUCAGAUAACCUAUAUAAAUCUGGCAUCGGUUUUACCUUAUAUUCGUGGUAAAUUGAUAUCUGAACAAGAUGUGAAUAUACCAAAUACACCUAAAGUGAAGAAAAAGAAGAAAAAAUCCAAGAUUAAAGAAGAACUGAUAGAAUAUGAAGAAUUAUGACUAAAUAAAGUGUAAAUAAAAUUUUUAAUAAAAACUUUCAUGUUUUUAUUUUGAUUAUAAAAUGGAGACAAGGGACUUAAAGUACCAAAAGUAUAGAAGAGUCAAAUACAGAAUAAGCCCAAGAGAUAAAUACCUCCCCCAAAAGUAUAGAUAUAUAGUAAUUAUAGGGGAUCAGAACUUUUACAGUACAAUAAUGGGGUAUUAAACUUAGUUUACUGACAUAAACUAAAGAUUUUCCACAAUUGGAUGGUUGGCUGAAGUUGGGAUUUUUGAAGAAUUGAAGAUCACUUUCACAACAAGGAAAGCUCCUGCUGGAAAUUAAUGAUGAAGGAGGAUGGCUGAAUGAGGCAGAUUUACGGUGCGAAAACUUUGCAAGCUUUCGAUUAGUUGUAGUACCCUGCGAUAAAUGAGGGUAAAGCUCAGUAUAUAAUUUGCAUGAGAGUCCUUUUCAACAGUUUGAUGGUUCCAGUUAAAUGGCCUCGGUAUUUUGAGGGUACUCACUGCAUCUCCAUACUAAAAACAUUGAAAAAGGAAUUAAUUAGUUUGUUUCUUUUAUGCUAUACAAAACGGUAGUAUAAUAUAUAUUCAGUGCCACUAUCAAACAAGAUUGUCAGAAGACUGAUUGUUAACAUGUCAAAUGAUGUGAAAGGGUCCCCUACAUCUCCUAUUCAACACAAUUCAUUUUCUCUCCAAAUGGAAACAUAGUUAGUGUGAAGUUAUUUUAAUUAAUCAUUUAAACAAAGAAUCUUCAUUUGUAAAAAUGCUUGAAUUAUGAAUUUUUUAAUGGUCUAAGAGUUGAAGUUUACUAGUUAUUCUAGGCUUGAAUAACAUGGCGGAUUUUUGCCUAAAAAAGGGGUGUCACCAGCUAAAAAGCUUCC